GAAUUGAUGCAAAAGAGGGUCAUUUCAACUGUACGGUUUUACGAAAUAAAAGGUGGUUUCUAAUCGACGACAAACUGGUCAAGCCACAACAGUUGUGCGAAACCAUCUUCAACGGAGACGUAUAUAUGCUGUUUUACAGCUCAGAAGAACAUUUUGAGGUUCAAAUUAUGACUGAUGAAAGUACAUCGAUAUCAGAGCAAGGUUGAGAGGUAUUGGGACUUGCGCAAGGGACAUCAGCUACAUCACAUUGUGUCACACAUCAACGGAACGCUGUUAAUGUAUUACGACAUCAAGCUGCUUGACCAAGCGCCUUCCGACUAUGAAAAAACAUUGCUUGAACAAUACGCAACCAAACAUGGAGAAACGUAUAACGAAGGAUGGCUAAAUGAUAAGAUAAUAAACAAUUUUCUAAUCGACGUACAAAGAAAAUCUCAGGGUACCAAUCGUGUAGCAGUCAUGAGCAGCUUCAUGUACACAAAACUAUGUAAAUAUGGCGUCCAUUCCAUAACGAAAUGGAUUCAAAAGAACCCAUUCUUUAAAGCAGACCUGUGCUUCAUACCAAUAAAUUGGACAAUAAUCACUGGAGUCUUGGGAUUACUGAUAGCACACCUUCAAGCAAUAUGCCCAGAAAUGAGUCCACCAGAUGUUAAAUAUUUUGAUAACUCCACAAAAUUUGACCCAGACAACUUGAUGGAAGUUCAUGUGGGGUUUUUGUAUGCAUGGAAAUACAUGGCAGUUCGCCUAGCAAAUCCUCAAAAAAACGUCCAAAUACCAAUAAGGAAACAAACUGAACAUUGCAAUGAGGAUGACCAUGCCACAUACACACUUAAAGCAAAGGUUAGAAAUAUUCUGUCUCUAUCAGAUGAUGGCUUAGAGUCUGUCUUUAAAGAAGUAUUAAAUGAAGGUGAUAAAGGAUUCUUAACAAUUAGCUUGGUUUGUAAGCGAUUUAGACAGAUAGUGGGAAGAGACUCUUUUAGACGCACCACUCACUUCGCCUGGUUAAACAGUGUGUGGGAAUGGAAUUCAUCAUCAAAAGAAUUCAAAGAGGAGAAUUACAAAAUGUAUGAAAUAAAAACUUGUUUUCAAUGUGGCAUGUCAUUUAAAGAAAUGUAUGGCUUUAUUGGAAAUGGUAAAUAUGGCGAGUUCAGAAAAUUUUACUCAACUCUUGAAUAUCCAGGAUUCUGCAGUAAAGAGUGCAUUAAAGAAAGCUAAUUAAUAAAGUUGGAAGUAAUUACAUCAGGACUAUAUAUGGCAUAAACCUUUAAGAAAACAUCAUGUUUCAUAAUAUCUGUUUAACAUAAUACCAGGCUGAUAUUUUCACAGAUAGCUGCCACUGUUAAGCUGGUUUUCCACUAGCAAUAUUUUUGC